UCUCUCCGCCUAAGCUUUCCUCCUCGCCUCCUCCGCUUCCACCUAAUUCGCGCGCGCCUCCGGGCUUCCUCCGCUCCUCUCCCGCCGUCCCUCCAGCGAGGAGUGAGGGCGGGCGGGCGGGACGACCCAGGCGGCGGCGGCGUCAUGGAGGCAGCGGAGAGAGGCGGCGGGGCACUGCCGCUUGCCGUGCGGGAGCUCAUCGCCGGCGGGGUCGCCGGUGGCGUCGCCAAGUCCGCCGUGGCGCCGCUCGAGCGCGUCAAGAUCCUCCUCCAGACUAGAAGAGCAGAAUUCCGUGGGUCUGGAUUGGUUGGAUCGUUUCGGACAAUCUAUCAGACAGAAGGUCCCUUAGGGUUUUACAGGGGCAAUGGUGCCAGCGUUGCUAGGAUCGUUCCUUAUGCAGCUUUGCAUUACAUGGCAUACGAAGAGUAUCGCCGAUGGAUCAUUCUUGGUUUUCCUAAUGUUGAGCAAGGGCCUGUUCUUGAUCUAGUGGCCGGAUCAAUAGCUGGAGGAACAGCAGUCGUAUCCACAUAUCCGCUUGAUCUGGUUCGCACAAAGUUGGCUUAUCAGCUGCAGGUCAAAGGUGCAGUGAACCUCAGUUUAAGAGAAUCUAAGCCCUCCGAACAGGUUUAUAAAGGUAUCCUUGAUUGUGUGAAAACAAUAUACAGGCAAAAUGGCUUGAAAGGCCUAUACCGUGGCAUGGCUCCAUCAUUAUAUGGAAUCUUCCCUUAUUCCGGUCUUAAAUUCUAUUUCUAUGAGAAGAUGAAGACUCAUGUUCCUGAAGAGCACAGAAAAGAUAUCAUACCGAAACUUGCUUGUGGAUCAGUUGCUGGUUUGUUAGGACAGACAAUAACGUAUCCCCUUGAUGUUGUUAGGCGGCAAAUGCAGGCGUUCUCAUUGUCCAACCUCGUGAAGGGGAAAGGAACAUUUGGAAGCCUUGUUAUGAUAGCGAAACAUCAAGGUUGGAAGCAACUGUUUUCAGGACUAUCUAUCAACUAUUUGAAGGUCGUCCCAUCAGUAGCCAUAGGGUUCACUGUUUAUGACUCGAUGAAGGAUUGGCUUAAUGUUCCAUCUAGAGAGCAGGCAGCUGUGGUUGUCCCUGUGUUGUCAGAAGACGGAAGUAAUGCUGCCCCUGUUCACUCCAGUUAGAACUACUAGUUACCGUUUCUGGUGGCGCAACGCCUUCAGUGCCUUAUAUUCAAUUGGCAUGUAGGAUGUAGCAUAGUAUUCUUUCUUGGAGCUGCACCCUUGCAGUUCUUAGGCUCGUCUCGUAUAGUACAAAUAAUAGCUCUACCCUUCAAUAAGCCCAUAAGCAGCAGCUGCAGAUGCCAAAAAAGAGAAGGUCUCGACUUUUAUCAAGAGAAGUAGAAGUAGAGGUACUGAGGUAGAAUUCCUUCCUGUCGAAGAAAGGUAGAAUUCCUUGCUGUAAAGAAAAGCAAGUAUAAUUCCUUGCAUCUUAGUAUUGAUUAUUGUGGAAAUUCACAUUGUAAUAGUUUCUGUAUAAAUGAUCGGAUAGUUUCUACCAACAUGUAAACUUCUUGGUGAAGUCAGAAUUCAGAGCCUUUUGCUGCCUCUGCCUAUUGUAGUAUGGGACCGGCUAUACACAAGUCCCUGAAAAUUUAUUUUGGGUAAGCCGAUUUUCUGAGCCAUUA